CCGAACGAGUGUACGCACGUUCCGUGACUUACUCGACAGUUGAAUACAAAGUCGAUUAAAAACGUAGGGAAACAUUUCAGGAACACUGUGGAUUUCUGAUACAAUUAGGUGGAUCUACAAUGGUAGGAGGCGACAAAAUUAAUCGCCCAAAAACAGCUUUACAGAAAAACAUUUGCAAGCUCACGAGAGUGAAAAAAGCACAGAAAAAGAAGCAACAGCAGAAAAAUAAAGGAUCCAAACAAAGUAACAACCAGAGGGGUGGUGCUUUGAUCUCAGCCAAAAAGAAGAGGCUUAUUAUGAAACAAAUCAAAAAGCAAGAAAAAGAAGCAAAUGCAAUGGAAGUUGUUACACAGCCGCAAAUUCAUAAGAAACCAGAGGGAAAGACAGUCAAGGAGAACAAGGCUGAGAAAAUGGAUACAAGUUAAUGUCUCUGAAAAAGAAGCAGUAACCAAGGCAUUGAUAUGAAGGAACUCCUCCUUCAUGUUUUAAUUCCAUACAGAUUCAGAGAGCUACAUGUCAAAUUUGUGUCAAAGGCCACACAAGCACAAUCUUACCCAGUACAGCUUGUGUUUAGUAACUGAACCACUGAUUUCAUUGUUAUUCCUGUUUAACUUGCAUAUCAAAUAUGCAUUAAUAAUUUAACAUUUUAACCUCCUAAGAGUGACCAACAUCUAAUUUCUCCUUACCUCAAACAAACAUCAAGAUCACAACAAAAGAGAUUGGUCAUCAACU